AUGCCCCACAACGCCACCCACAUGCCCAUGGAAACCUUGAACAAAUCCUUCAGCAACACACUCGCUUUGAAUAUCACAACGAACUCGUCUCAGAAGCAGAAAUGCUUCUCUUCUCAGAAUCAUCCCGAUGACGUGAGAGACCGUUCUGUAACGAAGCCAGUGUCAGAGAGAGGAUGUGCCCCAAUUGAACUCCUCCCAAUGGAGAUAUUUGAUCAAAUCAUUCCCCACCUCGCAAUUGAUACCCCAAGCAAUGGCUACGCCCCAAGGAACAAGGACCUUGCUUCUUGUCUUUUGGUUUCCAGAGCGUUCCACUGUGCUACACUUUCAACUUUAUACGCGAACGUUACCUUCCCUCACUCCACAAUCUUCUCAAAGUUCCUAGCUCAUAUCUCAAGAUACCCCGACCUGGGCGAGUUGGUGAAGCGGUUGGACUUCUCUCACUUCACUUCAGUGGGCCUGGGGAGGACCAGAAGGAUGAACUACGAGAUUCAAAAGUUGACUGCCACUACCCUUCGCAAGUGCCUUGAUCUCAACCCUAACCUCCGAGAAUUCUUUGCCUCGGAGGCCUUGGACGACGAUAUGGACCAGAAGGUGUUGGAGAAGUUGUUCUGUGACCUCCCCCGUCUGAAUGCAGUGGAUUUUUGUGCUGCCUCUUCAGCUGUUUUUGUUAGUGGCUUUUUGAACGCCGUUUCUCCAAACAAUCCUCUACUGCCAGAAGUCAUGCCAAUCAAGAGACUGGGCCUUCAUGGAUGUACUACUCUGCCUCCGUCCAUAUUUGCCACUUUGUUGUCUCGUUUGUCUAAUUUGACCCAUCUCGAUUUGACCCACACUCAAAUCACGGACGGAACAUUGCACGCUAUCCCACAGACCGCAAGACUCACCCAUCUUUCGCUCUCUAAAUGUAACCGGUUGAAGGGGCCCGCUGUUGUCGAUUUUCUCAUCAACCAUCCUUCUACUCAGGGUCUAAUCCACCUUAACCUGCUCUAUGACACGGGAAGAUACCGUCUUCUUACCAGUGCGGACGUAGAUGAAUUGCUACCGGAGCUCCCACUUACACUCCGUUCUUUGAACAUUUCUGGGGCAAAGAUUAACUUCACACAUGUCCCUCAGCUUCGCCGCCUUGCGAAGCAACUCGAAGAGCUAUCCAUCGGAAACGCGGAUCUCUCGGUCGAAAACAUGAACAGUAUCCUCCAGCAGGGAGAUGGUCUUGAGGGGCCAGGAAACGACACCACCUCAAGGUCUACUCUACGAUACUUGGACCUCACUGGAAUUUCAUCCAUUACACCAUCCUCACUCAUCGACACUACUGGUUGCUCGCUUCUUACACAAGCCUCGUACCCUCUCCGCGUCAUUGAAGUUGGCGAGAAGAUUAUCGAGGGCUUGAAGGACAGACCUAAGUCAAGCAAGAGACUUGGUUGGGCCAUUAAGAGCCAGCACAGAAGGUCUUGGUAUAUCCGCGAGAAGAGUGAAAUCCCAGACGAUGAUGAUGGUAGCCGUUCCUGGAAGAUGGGCGGUAAAUGGUGGGGAGGAAGGAAAGUUGGGAUGGGCCAAGCUGAAAUCAGUGGUAUCUACGGAUACUAUGGUUUCGGAAAAUAA